GCUGAAAACAGAUUCCAAGUCGGAUAUCCAAACAAGCAGCCGGGAAUAAGGACUCGGACUCUGCCAUCCAGGGUUGGGUUGAAUGGAGGUGCUCAGGAGCGCAGUGACGCCUCGUGCGCCGGUCCCGGGGAAACGCGUGACGGAGGUGGACUUCCGGUCAGGCACGGCGCUGGAGCAUCUGGCAGGACACGUGCAGGAGCUGGUGCAGCUUGAGCAGGGCGAAUUCGGGGACCAGACUGCACUGGAGGUGCACACAGCCAAAGACUUCAUAUUCAACAUGCUUGGCCUGGUCCAGAAGGUGGAUAAGAGACUACCGGUUGCAAACGAAUACCUGCUGUUGUCGGGCGGCGCCAGGGAGGGCGUUCUUGACCUUAACCCCGAGGACCUAGGAGACUACGUCAGAGGUGUGGACUUCGACUUAGAUUUUACCCUUCUCGUGCCUGCGCUUAAACUGCACGACCGCAACCAGCCCGUCACGCUGGACAUGCGGCAGUCCCCGCCGUGCCACUCCUGGCUCAGCUUGCGUCUCUGCGACCCGGCCAUGCUAGCUCGAUGGGGUAUCUGCUGUGAAGAUGAACCUUACAGCAAGAAACAGGAAGAUGAUGAAGAAGAGGAAGAAGGCGGUUCCAUAUUAGGGUCCAUUCCCUCUUUGCAGUCUUCACAGUCCUUAGAUGGGUGCUAUUUUUCACCGCUGUUAGUCACCGAUUGGUUCUGGAAUGUAGUUGGGACAGCUGUAGAGGAGUUAAAACGACACCCGCAGAGAGGAAUUCCUGUCCCGGAUCGUGUUGAGCGCAACGGACCUUUGACCACGCUGAUCCUCAAGGCAGGGACCAGUCGGGUGCUUUACGACCUUCUGCCUGUUGUGUCGUUUCGAGGCUGGCCGGCUGUGGCGCAGAGUUGGCUUACUACCAACCACUUCUGGGAUGGAAAGAUCACCGAAGAAGAGGCCAUCAGUGGGUUUUACCUUCUGCCUUGUUGCUCUCCGACAGCUGGGCUAUCCAACAGACCAGACCGAGAGUGGAGACUCGCCUUCUCUCGUAGUGAGGUCCAGUUAAAGAAAUGCGUCCCCUUCCCUAUGGCGGCAGCUUUCCAGGCUGCCAAAGCUGUCGUGUCCAGACUGUUAGUGCGUCCACGCACAGGUCUUAGCCUCUAUCACCUGCGCACGCUACUUUUCUGGGCCUGCGACCGAUUACCCGCAGCCUACCUGAGCUCUCCGGACCAAGAGACGUCCGCGCGCUUGUUCCUCGGCCUCCUGGACGACCUCGCGCAUUGUGCGUUGGGUAAAAACUGCCCCAACUAUUUUCUUCCACAGUAUAACAUGCUAGAGCACCUCACCGAUGAUGCUGCCCUGCUAGUGGCUCGAAAACUAGCCCAUUUGCGCUCAGAUCCGGCAGAACACCUGCGUGCAGCGCUGGAGCAAGCUCGACAGGCCACGCAGCUGAAACGAGAAGCCGCCGGGGCGAAAAACGGCUACGGGGCGUCAUCGCCGAGCCACACGUCCUCGAAAAACACCUCCCCUCAAGAUGACCACCUUGCCCAGAGACUGCAGCAGCUGGUAACGGAGAAUCCCGGCAAGUCCAUUUCGGUCUUCCUCAAUCCGGAUGACGUGACGAGACCGCACUUCCGGAUCGACGACAAGUUCUACUAAAGUGGC